GACGGCAUCCCCGGCCCCGCGGGCAAUGGAGCCCGCGCAACAGCGAGCGAGAGAAGAAGCCCCGGCGGUGGCGGCGGCGGGCGGCGGGAGGGGGGAACCGGAGAGCAGCUCCUCGGGCGGGAGGAGUCCAGCAGCGCCCGGCGCGGAAAGCGGCGUGGAGCCGUCGGGCGGCGGCGGACAGCUGGACGGCAAAGGAACCGGCGGCCCGCGGCGGAGACGAGGGGGAGCCGGCGGCUUCGCUCCCCCCGCGGCGUUGGCGGUCGGCGGGACUCAGGCGGCCCUCGGCGGAGCCGGCAACGCCAACUCCCUGCUCCUGCGGCGGGGGAGGCUGAAGAGGAACCUCUCCGCCGCCGCCUCCUCGCCCGCCGCCGCCGCUGCCCCCGCCGCCUCGCUGGGCACUCGCAGCCUGGACAGGAAAGCGCUGCUACUGAAGCCUCCCCGGCAGCUGCAGCCCCUGCAGCCCCCGGAGCGGGACUGGGUGCGGCGGGACCUGCAGCGGGGUUGCGUUCACGUCUACGAGCGCCACAUGAACUGCUACCUGCGCCCGGUGCUCUGCACCCUGGAGACCACGGCGGCCGAGGUGGCCGCCCGGCUGCAGCAGCUCGGCCACCGGGGCGGCAGCAGCGUGGUGCGGGUGCUGGGCAAGGCGGGCGCGCCGCCGCCGCAACCCCCGACCGAGCCAGCGGCGGCGGCGGCCCCCGCCGAGGCGCCGCCCGAGCCCACGGCAGAGGGACAACGGCCGCAGCCGGAGGAGGAGAGGCCGAGGAGCCGGCGGGGGACGCGGGACGGGCUGGCUGGCGAAGACUGCGGGGAAGCGGCGCGGCCCGGCCGCUUGCCGCUGGGCGGCAGCGCCGAGGAUAGUGACUUGGCCGGCGGCCGGCCGAGCCCGGCGCCCGCCGACUUCAGCCCCGGGGCGCCGCCGGCCGAGCUGUACCUGGCGGGGCCGCCGCUUUCUUGCCCUUCACUUCUGGGGGAGCUGGGGCCGGCCGGCUCCGACACAGAGAGCUUCAGCCCCAGCGCCGAGAGCGUCUCUGACCGGCUGGAUCCCUACAGCAGCGGCGGCGGCGGCGGCUCGUCCUCCUCGGAGGAGCUGGAGGUGGAGCCGGUGCCCCCCGACGGGCUAGAAGCAGGUGCAGGGCCGGGCCGGGUGCCCCCCGGCCCAGGGGAGCUGCCGCCGGGGCGGGCAGGGGGGGAGCCGGCAGGCGCGGCCGGCGGGCGGGAGCUGCUGGCGGGGGCCUCGCCUCCGGGGCCGCCAGCCCUGUACGUGCAGCUCCACGGGGAGACCAGCCGGCGGUUGGAGGCCCAUGAGAAGCCUCUGCAGAUCCAGAACGACUACCUCUCCCAGCUGGGCUUCCGGGACCUGUGGCGGGUACAGGAGGAGGGCAUGGACUCGGAGACCGGCUGCCUCAUCCGCUUCUACGCCGGAAAGCCCCACAGCAUUGGCAACUCUGAACGGAUUCAGCUCUCAGGAAUGUACAAUGUUCGAAAAGGGAAAAUACAUUUGCCAGUCAACAGAUGGACAAGACGCCAAGCUAUCCUUUGUGGAACAUGCCUAAUUGUCUCAUCAGUAAAAGAAAGCCAGACUGGAAAGAUGCAUGUCCUCCCUUUAAUUGGUGGAAAAGUGGAAGAAGUGAAAAAGCACCAGCACUGUUUAGCAUUUAGCUCCUCGGGACCUCAAAGCCAGACCUACUACAUUUGUUUUGAUAACUUCACUGAAUAUUUGCGAUGGCUUCGACAAGCAUCAAAGGUUGCAUCACAACGCAUAAGCUCAGUGGAUCUUUCAUGCUGCAGCCUGGAGCACCUGCCUGCCAACCUGUUUUAUAGCCAAGACCUCACUCAUCUCAAUUUAAAGCAGAACUUCCUGAGGCUAAACCCUAGCCCAUCUACAAGUAGAGCGCUUAGUGAAUUACAAAGAUUCACCAAGUUGAAGAGCCUUAACCUAUCCAAUAAUAAUUUAGGAGACUUCCCAGUGUCAGUCUGCAGUAUCCCAACCCUGACUGAACUCAAUGUGUCUUGCAACGCCCUCAGAAGUAUUCCUGCAGUCGUAGGCGAGAUGCACAACUUGCAGACUUUUUUGCUGGAUGGCAACUUUCUCCAGUCCCUUCCUGAUGAAUUGGAGCAUAUGCAUCAGCUCAGCUAUGUGAGUCUGUCAUUCAACGAGUUCACCAACAUUCCAGGAGUACUGGAGAAGCUGACUGCCAUGGAUAAGCUCUGUAUGUCGGGAAACUGCUUAGAUACCCUAAACCUGCAAGUGUUAAAAAGGAUGCCUCAUAUUAAACAUGUGGAUCUGAGAUUGAAUUCAAUUAGAAGAUUGGAGACUGGUGAAAUAGAUUUUCUGCAUCAUGUGACCCAGCUGGAUCUCAGAGACAACAAACUGGGCGAGCUGGAUGCAACAGUUUUUAACAACGUUGAAGUGUUACACUGUGAACGGAACCAACUGGUAACCCUCAAAAUCAGUGGAUAUUUUCUCAAAGCACUCUAUGCUUCCUCCAAUGAACUUGUUCACCUUGAUGUGUAUCCAGUUCCUAAUUGCCUGGCUUAUAUGGAUAUUUCUAGAAAUCACCUGGAAAACCUGCCUGAGUGGGUAUGUGACAGCAGGAAACUGGAAGUGUUGGAUGUUGGCCACAAUCAGAUACGUGAGCUGCCUGCCCGGUUGUUUUACAAUAGCAGCUUACGUAAGCUGCUGGCAGGACAUAACAUGUUAGGAAGGCUACCGGAUCGGCUCGAGCGAACGCAAGUGGAGGUCCUGGAUGUGCAACACAACCAGCUCCUUGAACUGCCAUCUAACCUGCUUUUGAAAGCAGACAGCCUGAGGUUUCUUAAUGCCUCUGCCAACAAACUGGAAAUGCUUCCUCCAGCCACUCUUUCUGAAGAAACCCAUAGCAUCUUACAGGAGUUGUACUUGACCAAUAACAACCUCACAGACAAAUGCGUGCCCUUGUUAACAGGCCAUCCACACCUGAAAAUCUUGCACAUGGCUUACAAUCACCUACAGAGCUUCCCUGCAAGUAAAAUGGCCAAGCUGGAAGAGUUGGAGGAAAUUGAUAUUAGUGGGAACAAACUGAAAGCCAUUCCAACAACCAUCAUGAACUGCAGGCGUAUGCAUACUGUUAUUGCUCACUCCAACUGCAUCGAAGUCUUCCCAGAAGUCAUGCAGCUUUCUGAAAUAAAGUGUGUGGACCUAAGCUGCAAUGAACUGAGUGAAGUCACAUUGCCUGAAAACCUGCCUCCAAAACUACAAGAGCUGGACCUGACUGGAAAUCCCAGAUUAGCCUUGGAUCACAAAACCCUAGAGCUGCUGAACAAUAUCCGUUGCUUCAAGAUUGACCAGCCCUCGGCUGGUGACGCCUCGGGAGCGCCGGCGGUGUGGAGUCACGGUUACACCGAAGCCUCAGGCGUUAAGAACAAGUUGUGUGUGGCAGCACUUUCAGCCAAUAACUUCUGCGACAACCGGGAGGCACUUUAUGGUGUGUUUGACGGUGACCGCAAUGUGGAAGUGCCCUAUCUGCUGCAGUGCACCAUGAGUGACAUCUUAGCAGAAGAGCUGCAGAAAACAAAAAAUGAGGAGGAAUACAUGAUCAACACUUUCAUCGUUAUGCAGAGGAAACUUGGAACAGCUGGACAAAAACUUGGAGGCUCUGCUGUCCUUUGCCAUAUAAAACAUGAUCCCAUGGACCCUGGUGGAUGCUUCACUCUAACCUCAGCAAACGUAGGGAAGUGCCAAACUGUUCUCUGCCGGAAUGGGAAACCUCUGCCUUUGUCCAGGUGUUAUGUGAUGAGUUGUGAAGAAGAGCUGAAGAGGAUUAAGCAGCAUAAGGCCAUUAUUACAGAGGAUGGCAAAGUGAAUGGAAGUGACAGAUUCAACCAGAAUUUGGGGUACACCUUCCUUCACCCAAGUGUUUGUGCGCGCCCUCAUGUUCAAGUCCAUCACCUUAACUCCACAAGAUGAGUUUUCAUUCUGGGAGUAAGGGGCUGUGGACAGGCUCUCAGAUGGAUGAAAGCAGUGGAGGCAGUCAGAAACGUGCCUGACGCGCUGGCAGCCCAGAAGCUAUUGCACUUUGGCCCAGGGCUAUGCUGCAACGACAGCAUCAGCGCGGUCGUGGUUCAGCUCAACGUGACGGAGGGAAGCUUCUGCUGCUGUGAACUUAACGGGUGCCACCCCCCAGCCCGGGGGAUUUUCCCUCAGUCUGUCAACGUGGUCAUCAAGGACAGGGCCGACGAUGCUCUUGGGAUGCCCUCUUCGAGCAGCGGGAUGGCUUCGGAGAUCAGCAGCGAGAUUCCACCUCCGAAAUGAGCAGCGAGGUGGUGAUCCACAGCUUCCGACGAGCCUCCGCAGGUGGCCUUGAACGAGAACAGCCCGGCCUACCCGGCGGGAGCAGCGCUGCAUGCUGCACCCGUCUGCCUUUCCAAUUCCUUCCAGCGGCAGCUCUCCAGUGCCACCUUCUCCAGCGCCUUCUCCGACAACGGCCUCGACAGCGACGACGAGGAGCCGAUCGACGGGGUGUUCAGCAACGGCAGCCGCGUGGAGGUGGAGGUGGACAUCCACUGCGGCCGAGCCAAGGAGAAGCAGCUCCUCCAAGUGCCCAUGGAAGCCAGCGACGAAGGUAUCGUCAUCAGUGCCAACGAAGAGGAGCCGGGCCUUCCCAGGAAAGGCGAAAUGCUCCGCCACAGGCGACCAUUCGGGCGCCGGCGAGGCAACGUCGUGGCACCGCAAGAGAGGAGCCAUAACUUUUUGAAGUUGCGGGCAGAUGCGCCGCUCAAGAAGACGGGGGGGUACUUUGCUGCUCCAGCGCAGCCCGAUCCGAUGACCAGUUAUCACAUCCCACCAGAGCUUGAAGAAGAAGUCAAGGAGAUUAUGAAGCAGCACCAGGAACAACAACAACAACAACAGCAGCAGCAACAGCAGCAGCAGCAGCCCCACAGCAGCAGCAGCAGCGGCAGUACCAUGGACCACUCUGGCAGACUAUUACGAUACACAUAUGACCCACUCUUUUUACUGCUCAGAAAUGAAACUAACAAACAAGGAGACUUGAGUGCAGGACCCAGUGGGCUCGCAUACAGCAGGGUUUUUUUCUUACCCUUUUCCUUUAUAUACUUCCUCUUUCCUUUCUGCUACUACAGAUAACUGCAGCUUUCAGUUUCUUAGGUUUAAUAUUUCAUUGACUUUCUUCUAGGGACGCUUGGCCGGUAAAGUUUAAAAUGUUAACCUUCCCUUAACAUCAAGUGUAAAAACAAACAACACAAAUAAUAAAAAAUAAUAAAAAGGUUUAAUAUAUUGCUUGAGAACAGAUGAUGAUGUAAUAUUUUUUUAAAUGGCUUGUUUGUUUUGUUUGAAAAGCAGGGCAGUAGACGUGCUAAAUGAUUUAAGUAAUAUAUUGUAAUACUGUAUUUCUUUGAGAGAAAGGCUUUUUUUGGUCUUGAAAAUGAUAGACCUUUGAUGAUAUGGAGACUAACUCCUAGGAGUUUGCUUUACUCUUUCAGGUGAUUAAGUCACUGAGAUUCACUAAUUUUCUCUGAGAGAACAGUUGAUUGGGAAUUCUGUAAAACUAGCUCAGUGUUGUAAUAGUGAUGCUUACAUGUUUUGUAGCCUUGGCAUUAAGGACACAACUUGAAAUUGAUGUUUUUCUAAGCGACUCUUUGGGCCAAUGGUCAUUGAGCAUAACAGACUGACGUGGCUGUGUAGCAAGUUAGGUAGAACCAAGGUGGUGUAGACCUUUAAAGAAACCCAUUUUCCUCUGGUCUCUUUCUUUCCUUAAUUUUACAGACCAUUUUGUUUGUGUUCCUUACUGCCGCCACACACCAGCAUGAUUGUAUAGAGCUAUUUGCUGUAGGACAUUACAUUACCAAGAGUUAUAUUAAAGCCGAAUGCACAAAUUGAAAAUGUCAUUUUUUUGUUAUAAUAAAUAUGAAUUUACACCUGAUGUCUGCUUUCAUGUCUGAAUAGAGAGCAGCAGCUUUUCAACAGUAGCUUGCUGGUGGUUUGUCAGCAUGCUUGCUCGGUUUAAACGAGAGUGUUGAAAACUUUAAUCUCCAUCACUUUUUUACUUUCACUAACUGCAGAAGCUCCAUGCGUACUGCUAGAAUUCAAAGGCUGUGCAAAAAUGGCCCUUUGUAAGCAGCGAAAAACAUGUCUCUGAGAUGGCCUGUUUUUUGUUUGUUUUUUUUUUUAAUUGUCAGAACUAAUUCAGUACUAUUGAUUUGCCCUUUGCCACAGUCUUAACAAUGCCAGAAGACUGAAGAGGAGUGGUGCUCUGGCUCUAUACCUCUGGGACCAAGUAAAUGAAGAUAGAAAUAACGAAGGGAUAAUGCACGCUGUGAAAAGGGGGAAAGAAAACAUUGGAUAUGGAGAAAAGAGGGAAAAUAUAAAGAGAAAGUGGAAAAUUCAACUCAAAGCUACCUAUGUAAACGCAAAUUUGCUCAAAUGUGUUGAAUGAACAUCAGUUCAGUGGCAGUUUGACUCUGGUAGCAAGCAGGCAUUUUUGUGAUUCCUGUGGGAAAGGAGUAACACCCUUUCCCAGUAUUGCCUCCAACCAGCUGCUUCAUUUUACUCACCAAUCUUAAAAAAGCUUGAAUUAGUGUGUGAUCACGCUCCUGCUUGACAUUUGAUCUGUAUUUCUGGAGAGGACUGUGGUAACAGGCUGUUGUCCUUAUUCUGUUCCAGUGUGAAAUCAGGACAGGAUUUCUCUUAACAUGAGAUUUUGAGUUUCUUUUCCUUAAAGAAUAACAAUAAUAGCAGAGGAGCAAACAUGAAAAUACUUGGUUUGGUAAAUGUUUAUAGCACUGUCUACUGUAGAUCUAGAAGAUUGUACUUUAUUGUAAUUUGAGCCUCAAAAUAUCUCUUUCUUAAAGAAAACUCAUUAAAUAAUGUAUUUCAAAAAA